CAGAGUGUAGCGUCGUGCUCAUACCUUACCGCUGUCUGUUGUGGUUGUUGUGAGAAUCAAAGAUCAACACCUUUUUUUUUUGAGAGAAAAACAAAUACAGUAUAGGUCCAGCGUAAACAGGCAGACACAACCUCCAUCUCUCACACCUAGAAGGGCCAUCCAUACCUUAGCAUCCUCCACCCGGACAACGGACAACACCAUGGCCGCAAUCAAGUCCUUCUUGGGCGACAAGAAGCACCAGGUCGUCGCCUUUUCGUCGACUGCAAUCGCCCUCUAUGGAUAUGAUCAAGGAAUGAUGUCCCUGAUCAACACAAACAAGGACUAUCUCUCCACCAUGGGCAUUGCAGAAGAAGACGCGCAAGUGGGUUUGAUUGUCAGUGUCUACUAUCUAGGCACUGCAGUCGGUGCCGUGCUCAUCUCCUGGUUUGCCAAUCGAUUCGGAAGAAAACCCGCCCUGUUUCUCUCUCUCGCUCUGGCUUCUUUGGGAAAUCUCAUCAUGUUCAUUUCUGGAUUGGGCUUCAGCAGAGAACGCCUGGCUCCGCUGAUUGUCAUGUAUCUCGGACGUGUGGUCAUGGGCCUGGGAAUUGGUGGCGUGGACUCCGUCGUCCCCGUGUAUAGUAGUGAGUUGAGCUCGGAUGAUAGUAGAGGAAAGGCUCUGGCGCAGGAGUUUCAAGCGAAUAUCUUUGGAUUGAAUAUGGCAUUCGCUAUCAACUUGGUCCUCACCGUCUAUCUUGGCAAGUAUAACGAAUGGGCAUGGAGAUUGCCGAUCAUCGCUAUGCAAGUGUAUCCGCUCUCUCUAUUCGCAUUCAUCUACUGGCUGCCCGAGAGCCCGCGAUGGUUGGUCCACCACGACCGAGUCGACGAUGCCACGGAGGCUUUGCAGCAAAUUCUCGGCGAUGAGGACGGUAAAACCAAGUGCGAUGAACUCGUCAAGGCUUCGGAGCAGGAGAGUGAUGAGGAGCCGGGUUACAAGGAGAUGUUCACGCCUAGUCAUACACAGUUCCAUCCGACUAUGCUGACUAUCAUGGGACAAAUCAAUCAAGCGCUAACAGGCUAUGGUGCCAUCAGUGUAUACGGCCCUCAAAUUUUCGAGCAACUCGGCUACGGCGUGCGUCUCUCCGAAUACCUCACCAUGGCCAAUUUCAUCUCCUACUUCCUCCUCAUGACUCUCGCCUGGGUCCUCAUCGACGCCCUCGGCCGCCGCACCGUCAUGCUCUACGGCUCAGGCACACUCACGACCUGUUUCCUGCUCCUGGCCGUUUUUGGCGGUCUCUCCCGCUAUCACGAAGACCUCCAAAUUCCCAUUCACGCCGUCGCCGUCCCUGGGAUUGUGGCGCUGUUUGUGGCAACGGGGGCGUUUGGGAUUGGAUGGUUGACGCCUGUCUGGUUGAUUCCUACGGAAAUUUUUCCUACGGCGGCGAGGGCGCAUGGAACGGCGGUUUCGGUGGUGGUUUGGGGCCUCGCCAAUUUCACAAUCACACUCAUCACCCCCAUCCUCUUCAACAAUCUCUACUUCUACAUCUAUCUCAUCUUCGCCGCCACCAAUUUAUUCGCCGGUGUCUGGACCUAUCUCUACUCGCCCGAGACGGGCGGCCGAAGUUUCGAGGAGAACCAAGAGUUUUUCGAAGAUGCCAAAUCGGAGGGCACGUGGAGAGUGGCGAAGAUUGAUGAGGGGGAAUUCUGUUGGUUGCCGUAUCCGAAAUCGGAUGGGGGCGAGGAGAGUGGGGAGUCGCAGCCGCUGUUGAGGAGGGUGAGGGAUCAGGUUACUUCUUGAGGGUUGGAAGGGGGAGGGAGGUGUGUGAGGAGGAGGAGGAUCGUUGGUGAGAGGUGUUUUGCAUGUGUGUGAGAGAAGGAGGCUUUUUGGUAAAAGAUCUACUUGGAGAGGAGGUAUUUGACUUUGGGUAAUUUUUGCUGCAGUAUGAGCUCAGUAGUCUCAGGUAAAUAUCCAUCCGCAUUGUACAUACAUGGAUGGCACUGCGUAGAUGCGGUGGAUGGCACAUGUAUGAUUCAACAAUCAUAUCCUCAUCAAUUCAUUCACAGCAUUGAUAUCUUGCAUCUCAUCUCAUUACAAUCGAGGCUUGACAGCAUUGUCCAGAGGGCCGCUCCGAUCCAAGAUCCAUUGCGCGACAUCAUGAGCAAACGUCCGCUUGUCGUCUCCCGGCUCACUAUGCAACUUGUGAUACCAUCCCUCAUACGCCUUCAACUCCUUAUCUUCCACCUGCAAACGUCGAAACCACUUCUCACACGCCUCAUAACUCACCACCUGAUCCCCCGUCCCAAACCCAAUCCACACUCUCGUUUUGCCCCCUUCGCCCUCACCCUCCUUGAUCACCGCCCUCCCCUCCUCCAAAUCCCCCGCACGAUCCAACAUCGCCGUCAAACACUCCAGCGUCCCCGUAUCAUGACACAACGGAUCCUCGUCCCACUCCCGACACACUUCGACAUCGCGACACAUUUUACUCGUAUCCAACUUCGACACCAUCUGCCUCUGCGGCAACACGCGACUCGCCCAUUUCCCCAACAGCACAGUAGAUUUCCACGGCCGCGAAUUCCGAGGCAAAGCAAUAAAUGGCGAUUCGCACAAAAUCCCUCGAAUCCGCGCUCGAAUCUCCCGUGGUCCAUUGGCCGCAUACCACAGCACUUCUCCACCGCCCAUACUGUGGCCCAUCAGAAAGAGCGGAAUGUGCGAUUCCUCUUCUCGCGCGAGAACGGAUUCCAACAUGCAGGUUAAAUCUCCGAGGAUGCGUGUCGUGUUUCCCGUGUUGCCUCUGUCGCGGGGUGAACGCACGUUUUGGCCCCAGCCGCGUUGGUCGUAGGCGUACACUUUGAUUCCUCGGUGCGCGAGGGAGGGGAAGAGUGUGCCAUAGCAGUUGAUGUGGUCGCUGAAGCCGUGGACGAAGACUAGACGGGCGGUGAGGGAUUCGGGGUUGUUGGUCCAGGUUUUGGUGUAGAGGGGGAUGUGGUCGUCGGUGUGGAGGGU